AUGGGAGCAAUACUGUGGCUCUGCCAAUGGUGCAUUUUCAUGAUGGCAUCCACAGCCAUAGCACAGCCUGCAGUUGUUGACAUGGAGAAGGCUUCCCUCAACAUCUCGUUUCAAACCGAAGCGGCGGUGACAAAGGGGAAUCAGAUUCCCUUGAACGAGUCUUGCACUGCUUAUAUAAGGGAUAUCAUGGCUAAUGUAGGUCGAGCAGAUUUGCAGUGUUCAACACCAUCGGGGAUGGUGUAUUCGAUACCGGGUGUAAACAAGGAUUGGAUCGAGGAGAAACAACGGAACCAUGAGCUUAUAAGUGGAUACACGCAAAUGGACCUUCCUCCCACUACCAUGAUCGAUGCUACGACACAUGCGUUGAUAUUGGACUCUCCGCUGAUAUUACGAGACCCAGCAACUGGGACUGAUUUGAUUCGUCGGCGGAGGCUCUCAACUGCUGAAAAGGCUAGGGGAAAGAAAACAGUCCUUGUGGUUCGAGUGGAGGCUUCUGAUAGUGCAACUACUCUUUCCGAGACCCAGCUUGCGAGUGAUGUAUUUGGUGAUAACGGGGAUCCCAACAAUCUACGAUCUCAGUAUCUUGCUUGUUCCUAUGGAAAAUUUGAUUUGAACAAAGCUGAAAAUCGAAAUGGGCUGGACACGAAUAUUCGAAACGGCGUAGUAACGGUGGAGGUACCAAAUGUAUCCAAAUCAGUUGGUGAUACUGCCAUGCUGAACGCUAUCAACAAGGAACUAGGGGAUCAGUUCUCGACAGCAGCUUUCAAUCUCGCUGACUUUGUGAUAUAUUGCAUGCCUCCUGGAGUUAUGCACCCACUGGACGUUGCCUACGCUUUUAUGGAUGGAUACAAGUCGAUAUACAAUGACCAAGCUUGUAAUCAAGUGUCAACUCAACUACACGAAGUGGGACACAACCUGAACAUGGCCCAUAGUGGAAUGGGCGCAGACGAAUAUGCUGACAAGAGCGGGAUGAUGGGGUAUUCGUUCGAAUUAGACGACCUUCCGUACAUGUGUUUCAACGCUGCAAAAAGUUGGCAGCUUGGCUGGUACGCGGACAAGGCCCUUAGAUUUACUCCUUCACCCACGGGCCAAUACGAGUUUUCUGCCAAGUUGGCAGGGGUGGCUGACUACGCAACGACAGAGAACGAUGUCGUGAUCAAGAUAGAACAGGAAUUUUCUACUUGGGCAUACUUUGUCAACUACAACGCCGCGAAGGGUAUCAAUGCAGGUACUCAAUAUGGAAAGGAUCGGGUGCUGGUAACCAUGAAGGAUACAAGUGACGAAGCAAACACUUCAAAACUUGUAGCAAGACUGAGGGUUGGGCAGAAUUUAAAGAUCCGCAACUUUAAUGGGAGAGCAGACGAAGAGUUGAUUGUUGGAUGGAAAUCUCGUGUAGAGGAUGUGGCUACACUUCGCAUUUUCCUUCAGGGUCCAAACGUUCCAGAGCCAACACAGCCACCCUCAAUUGCACCCUCCAUCCUCCCGUCUUUUGCACCGACUCUACAAGCAUCCCGGUUACCAACAAUUCCACCCUCCAUCAACCCGUCUUUUGCACCAACCCCACUGUCAUCAGCAGGACCUACUUCUGCUCCCUCCAUCAGCCCAUCCUCUGCACCAUCCAUUGCAUCAUCAGCAGGACCUUCUUCUGUACCAACCAUUGCAUCGUCAGCAGGACCUUCAUCGAUACCGACACCGGUAGUCUCGGAUCAGCCAACACUCUCACAUCUUCCCACUUUGUCGCUGGUCCCAUCCAAAGCACCGACAACCUCUGAAACACCCACAACAACGGAUGUUCCAAGCCACAAUCCUUCAACGUCUUUGAUGCCUAGCGCUGGCCCGUCCAGUGCUCCUUCGCAGGCCCCGUCUCAAAGCCCCAGUUUGCUUCCUUCGCAGUCCCAAUUGCCAAGUUCAAGUCCUUCGAUGACGACCUCAGAAGUGCCUUCGUUUAUGCCAUCGGAUCUUCCGAGCAGCGUGCCUUCUCGAAAGCCUUCUUCGGCACCUUCGAUGAAACCAUCUGUUCGAUCGUCGGAGUUCGAAUCAAUGUUUGUAUUACAGCUUCCCCGCGGCACAGACUUUGAAGUAGCAGCUAGUGUAUGCGCCGGACUGCAAUCCUAUCUGGAUGAAGUCACAAAGUCGACGUAUGGCAACGAAACUGUGACGAGCAUUUCUUGUCUUCCGAUUGUUGAAGCCUUGGGCACGCAAAAUGUCUUUGAUCGUGGCGCAGAUGUCACUGUGGUGAUGACGAGUUCCUUUCCAAUGGCCGCCAUCGGUCCCAAUGCAACGGAAUUCGAAUCGUAUGUUGACGAAACUAUUGGUUCUGGUGAAACAAGUUCACUUUUACCUGGAAUAAUCCUUGCAUCAAUAGAGGAAGCUGGACUGGAAGAAGGAUCCACUGUCAAUUUGGAGUGGGACGAUGAGACGUUUGACACUCCAGUGCUGAAGGUGGGAUUUGAAGAAGAAGAAUCAUCAUCAUCCGGAAUGCAAACCACAAUGCAUCUGGUUUGUACAUUAUCAUCUUUGUAUCUAUUAUUUUUCUUGUAA